GGAGGAAGAACAGGCGUGUUCACAGUUCCUGCUCUCAGAUCACACAGGAACUGUUCAGACACUGUGUGAGGAUGAAGGUGAACAUCUUCUGCUGCCUGUUGGCCUGCACUCUGGGCUCUAAUGUCACUGCAGGUUUGACCCAUGAAGGAGUUAAGGAGGGGACGCAGGUCACUGUGCGCUGUCCUCACUCUGUGGAGGGUGGAGUGAGGUGGAGCAGAGAGAGUGGAGGAAGCAGAGCUGACAUACUUACAGCUGAUGGAGACAAAACUAAAAAACACAUCAAUGAUCCACAGAAACGAUACAAUUCACAGGCUGACGGGUCUCUGUUCAUCCUCAGAGCUGCUCCCUCAGACUCUGGCAGAUACUUCUGUAACCAUGAAGCAGCUGUGGAGCUGACAGUGAUCCCAUCAGGAACAACAAUAGUGAGUGUUGCAGAGAGGAGCAGCAUCACUCUGAACUGUUCUCAUAAUGUUGGAGGAUCAGCUGUUCCCACGUGGAGACGAGACUCUGGAGAAAUAAAUGAAGGAAGGAUUUCUGUUUCCACGGAGGACACAACAUUACGUAUAAGAGAAGCUGAGCCUGCUGACUCUGGACUGUACUACUGUGAUGGAGAACCAGCUGCUUAUCUGAAUGUGACCAAAGGACAGAGAUCUGACAGAGAGCUUCCCAGGAUUUCCCUCCUGACUGGGAUGAUCCUGACUGGGAUGGUCCUGACUGGGAUGGUCCUGACUGGGAUGGUCCUGCCUGAGCGUUGA